UGCGCGUUCACUCACUGAGAAACACGCUGCCGAUGAAAAACAACGCGCUGCUCCACUGCUCUAACCACGGGGCGCGCUCCCACGCAGGAACAUUCCUCUUCUAUUCCUCCAGCCGCUCAUUAAGUGUUUUUUCUUUCUUUCAUUUUCUUUUCCCCCCCUCUUUCUGUUGCAACAUGAGCGCUGAAUGCAGCAGUUACUACAGCGCUGACGGGGUGUUCGUGGACUCGUUCUCCUGUCCUAAACCAGGGAAUGCUGCCGCUGCCAUCUACUGUUGUGGAUUUAACGAUAUUAAAUAUUGCUGUGAUGAUGCAAACAGUUUUUUCCCGUAUGAGUACGGGUACAUGUGGUGGCUCAGUAUCGGUGCUCUGGUCGGUCUGUCUAUAGCAGCGGUCGUCCUCCUUGCUUUCCUCAUCACUGUGUGUGUCCUCUGCUACCUCUUUAUCGUCACCAAACCCACUCGUCGUCUUGACAACGGCCUACCCCUAAGAGCGCCAGGAGAUCCCAGUGAGGGGCCGAGUCAUGUGAGGGUGCUCUGCGCAGCUGCUCCACAAAGAUUCAAAAAUCCCUUUGUGAACAGGAAGGUGGAUUGUGACAAUCAGUCGCCAGACCCAGAGCACCUUUUCCAGAGGUGUUUUACACCCACAGUCACUGGAGUGAAAGUGGAAAGUCCUUCAUAAAUUACUCUUUUUUUUUAAAAUAUAAGGACAGCAGCACUCUGUCAAUAAGGUAAAUCAAUGAGGAAACAGCCUUUUGGUACCAGUGGACAACUAUGAAUGAGAGGAAAGUAACUGAUACGGUGGCUGAAAGGAGUAUAUACUGAGUAACACAACUUUAGACUAGUAGUAAGAAGCACACGCUCAGAAGGCUGUGACGUUUCUCGCCUUGUUGACAUUUUUCAUGCAUUAAAGUCGUCUUUCCUCGAGGCCUCCUCACGGGUGGAAAUUACUUAUCCUCCAUCUUUUUGGAAACUAAUGCAUAAAUUUGGCUUUCUGAAAGCCAAAGAUUCAUUUGAACAGAUGAAUCAUUGAGUCAUAUGCAGUUUACAGUGAGGACAUACAGUUUUAGGCACAUUUAUGUGCUGAAGAUGUUGCAUUUGGGUAAGAGAAAGCCAAGCUAGUGUUUUAAGUCGGAAGGCACUCUGAUUUGAAUCUGCUACAUUUUACUCAGGGACUGAAGGAUUUGUGGGAGUGAAACGUUCCCAGCACAACACAGAACUGCACCAUCAAUUGACUUUUCAGAUCUUUAAAAUGGCUUAUGUUUACAUUCUCUGGACAAGCAACCUUAAGUAAAACCCUUUGUGAUGGCUGGAGGUGGGCUUGGAUUGUUGGGUAUCUCUUAUUCUGACACUGGAGUUUGUGGUUUAUAUUCUGUGCCCUGCUGGCAGUCCGGUACAGGUUUCUUAUAACCACAGUCAUCAUGUUUCUCUAACAUAACCAACAAGGAUUCUGCUGAAGAGUCAAAUUCCUCUUAACUAUCACAUCAGUUAACAUGAAGGAGUCUGAUUGUAGCGUAAUUCUCACAGAUUUUAGUUAAAAUCGCAUCGCUGUAUACCUGAAUCACUUUUAAAGGAUACCAUUGUUAUUCAUUAUUAUUGUGAAGAAUGUACCAGUCAACGUAUGCUGUGCGCUGUACAGUCUGACAUAAACAAAACCUCAUUUAUUGCAUAAAAUCUGGGAGGCAGAAGAGGAUCUAACACAGACGGUUCUCUGAUUAAAAAGCUGAAUCUGAAUGGAAUAGCGAGGUGCUACAUCAGUGAAUCACAUGUAAGCAUACAUUCCUGGGGGAGUACAUUUCCACUAAUAAACUGUGAUCAUUAUGGCAUAAGAUCUAUUAACUGGUGAUGGCAACAAAUGUUUAGAAUCGUAAAAGAGUACUGUUAAGCUCUGUCCAGUGUUUUUGCACAUCAAAAGCCUUCAAAUUCAUGCAUCUGCUACUGAAAUGGCACUUUGCAGCUGUAUUUAAUGAAUGACAUUAAGCCGAAUGUUCCCCCAAUACUGGCUCAUGUGGUUCGGAAACCUAAAAUAUAGGAUGAAUAGAUAGGUGUUUCUGGAAAGAAGCAUGCAUUUUAUUGUAAGAGUGUCCUCUAGUGGCCAUAGUAAUAAUGACUAAGAAGAGGAGGAGGUCAGGGUGGAUGGAUGGGUUGCCAUAAUGUUGUACUUUCAAAUGGUCCUAAGCAGUGUUGGGGUUGUUACGCAUUUUAAAAAAGAGAAAAAAAAAGAAAAGAAUGUAUUACACAUUACUCGUUACUUUUCUUAAAAGUAAUGCAGUAUGUUACUCAAUUACUCGUCAGAAAAAGUAAUUAACUACACUACUUGUUAUAUUACUUUCUUGUUGUAUUGUAACGUAACCUGAAACACACUGUCACAUAAUCACCAACAAUAUAACAACAUAAACCCGAGGCUACACUUUAAUAGUAUUCUUCGGCUCUUUGUAGCUUCGGCUACAAAGAGCCGAAGCUGUGUUAGCAACUGUUAUGGAUGCAGUUUGCACUUUACCAUCGCACUCUUGUCCCUUUGUACAAAAAAACCCCAAAAAACAAAAACUGUGAAACUGAAAAAUUCACUGUGAUUACAGUAACGUGCUACAAUGGAACAGGUCUGCUUUAACCUAAUGCCAUUUUUUCCCUCAUACACCUUACCAAGUUUUUUUCGUGCCUAAAUCUAACCAAACCAAGGUGAAAAACAUCUGUGAUCAAAGGUGGAAGUUUUUCCAGGACAAAAUCAAAGCUUUCUGACCACCAUGCCAUUUAGUCAAGAACAAUUUGUUAGUCUUUUUUUAUGUAUACAAAGCUUUUAUUGUUAGGACAUCUCAAGCAAGAUGGUGCAGACAGCAAGCCCUAUACAAACACAGUCAGCUUUGAUGAGUUUCAGCUUCGCUUAUCAUGUUGGCUUUCAAGCUUUUGUGUGAAGAGUCCUGAUCGGUUUUCACUGUUAUUGUAGAAGCUGCUUUUUUGUGAACUCACUAGAAGGUUGUGCUUAGUAUGUUCUGGAUAAUCAAAACUUUCAAGUGCACUUGCUUUUUGUUUUUUUGUUGAUGAUCUGAAUGUUGAUGCAAAAUUAAUGCAAAACGUCCGAUAUCUGUGCUUUGAUUGUUCAUGUUUUAAUUUGGUUGUUGAGCUCGGUAACCAAAUUAAAAUUCCUGUUUCAACACUGUGCCAUUUUCUCUGUUAAAACGUGGUCUAAACAUAAAAAAAUAAUUAAAAGAGCCUCCUUUAAGAAUUUUUGUGUUUUGCUAGCAUGUAAGUGUGAGCUCUGUUAUUUAACAUCAAUUUACAUUUGAUGAAAGAGGAAAACGAGAUGUUUACUCAGUUUCAUCCAUAUAUGUUUGACUAGAAUGGCUUUCAAAUGAAUGUACACAUUCACACUAUUCUUCAAAGAGCAUCAGUAAAACCUGAAUGAAAGUACAUCACAUCAUAUCUCAUGCAGACGUGGUGCCUGAUCAACUGCAAUGUGAAUACUAUUUAAGUGCACAACAUGGAAAUUAUUUAUCUUAAAAAUAACACCACUCCUUGCGCUCUUAAUCUCUUUUCAUUUUCUUUGGGUGAUCAUAAGGUUUCUUAGCACAAACAUGCUUUUCAAAGAAAUACUUUAAGUUAAUGUUUGUUGUUUUUCUAUUAAAUGUGCUCAGCUGAGCG